GAGGAUGCCCGUUUCCUGAGAUAUGGCCGUGGCGGGCGGAGACUUCAAUGCGGUUGUGUGGUACCCUGAGGUGAAAGUGGGGCGCGGCGUGCGGCGGUGUCCCGGGACUUAGUCUCGGGACGUUAUGGCCAGCGUCCACGAGAGCCUCUACUUCAAUCCAAUGAUGACCAACGGGGUGGUGCACGCCAACGUGUUCGGCAUCAAGGAUUGGGUGACGCCGUAUAAGAUCGCGGUGCUGGUGCUGCUGAACGAAAUGGGCCGCACGGGCGAGGGCGCCAUCAGCCUCAUGGAGCGGCGGAGGCUCAACCUGCUGCUCCUGCCGCUGCUGCAGGGCCCAGAUAUUACACUGUCAAAACUAUACAAGUUAAUUGAAGACUCUUGUCCACAGCUGGCAAAUUCAGUACAGAUCAGAAUCAAACUGAUGGCUGAAGGCGAGUUGAAGGAUAUGGAACAAUUUUUUGAUGACCUUUCAGAUUCUUUUUCUGGAACUGAACCAGAGGUUCACAAAACAAGUGUAGUAGGUUUAUUUCUGCGUCACAUGAUCUUGGCCUACAGUAAGCUUUCUUUCAGCCAAGUGUUUAAACUGUACACUGCCCUUCAACGGUACUUCCAAAAUGGUGAGAAAAAGACAGUAGAAGAUGAUGAUAUGGAACUGACCAGUAGAGAGGAGGGCGAAAGAAAAAUGGAAAAAGAAGAACUUGAUGUAUCUGUAAGAGAAGAGGAAGUAUCUUGCAGUGGGCCUCUGUCCCAGAAACAAGCAGAAUUUUUUCUUUCUCAGCAGGCUGCUUUGUUAAAGAAUGAUGAGACUAAAGCCCUCACUCCAGCUGCCUUGCAGAAAGAAUUAAACAACUUGUUGAAAUUUAAUCCUGAUUUUGCUGAAGCGCAUUAUCUCAGCUACUUAAACAACCUCCGCGUCCAAGAUGUUUUCAGUUCAACACACAGUCUCCUUCAUUAUUUUGAUCGCCUGAUUCUUACUGGAGCCGAAAGCAAAAGUAACGGGGAAGAGGGUUAUGGCCGGAGCUUGAGAUAUGCUGCUCUGAACUUGGCGGCCCUGCACUGCCGCUUCGGGCACUAUCAACAGGCAGAGCUCGCCCUGCAGGAGGCAAUUAGGAUUGCCCAGGAGUCCAAUGAUCACGUGUGUCUCCAGCAUUGUUUGAGCUGGCUUUAUGUACUGGGGCAGAAGAGAGCCGAUAGCUAUAUUCUGCUGGAGCAUUCUGUGAAGAAAGCAGUACAUUUUGGGUUACCGUACCUCGCCUCCCUGGGAAUACAGUCCCUUGUUCAACAGAGAGCUUUUGCUGGGAAGACGGCAAACAAGCUGAUGGAUGCCCUAAAGGACUCUGACCUCCUACACUGGAAACACAGCCUGUCGGAGCUCAUUGAUAUCAGCAUUGCACAGAAAACGGCCAUCUGGAGGCUGUACGGCCGCAGCACCAUGGCACUGCAGCAAGCCCAGAUGCUGCUGAGCAUGAACAGCCUGGACUCGGUGAACGCAGGCGUGCAGCAGAACAACACCGAGUCAUUUGCCGUCGCACUCUGCCACCUUGCAGAGCUACACGCGGAGCAGCCUCAGGAAUGGCAGGUCACAAUGGGAAUGUUUUUGGAGGAUACUGCAGUGUGUCCACUGUUCUUUCUACUUGGUCUGAAGGGCUGUUUCGCUGCAGCUUCUGAGGUGUUAAAGCACUUGAAGGAACGAUUUCCCCCUUAUACUCAGCAUGCCCAGUUAUGGAUGCUGUGUGAUCAAAAAAUACAAUUUGACAGAGCAAUGAAUGAUGGCAAAUAUCAUUUGGCUGAUUCACUGGUUACAGGAAUCACAGCUCUUAAUGGCAUAGAGGGUGUAUAUAGAAAAGCAGUUGUACUACAAGCUCAGAACCAAAUGUCAGAGGCACAUAAGCUUUUACAAAAAUUGUUGACUUAUUGUCAGAAAUUGAAGAAUACAGAAAUGGUGAUUAGUGUCCUGCUGUCAGUGGCAGAGCUAUACUGGCGAUCUUCCUCCCCUACCAUCGCGAUGCCUGUGCUCCUACAUGCUCUGGCCCUCUCCAAGGAGUACCGUUUGCAGUACUUGGCCUCUGAAACAGUGCUGAACUUGGCUUUUGCCCAGCUCAUUCUCGGAAUCCCAGAACAGGCCUUAAGUUUUCUCCACAUGGCCAUUGAGCCCAUCUUGGCUGAUGGGGCUAUCCUGGACAAAGGCCGCGCCAUGUUCCUAGUGGCCAAGUGCCAGGUGGCUUCGGCAGCUUCCUAUGAUCCACCAAAGAAAGCAGAAGCUCUGGAGGCUGCCAUUGAGAACCUCAAUGAAGCAAAGAACUAUUUUGCAAAGGUUGACUGCAGAGAGCGGAUCAGGGAUGUUGUUUACUUCCAGGCCAGACUCUACCACACCCUGGGGAAGACUCAGGAGAGGAACCGGUGUGCAAUGCUCUUCCGGCAGCUGCAUCAGGAGCUGCCCUCUCAUGGGGUGCCCUUGAUAAACCAUCUCUAAAAAGGACAUCCCUGCUGGGUCACUGUAUGGAGUAUAAAAUUUUGGACUUGUUCAUGCCCCUUCCUCGAUGUAUAUGAUGUAUUUGUAAGACCCUGUCUUGUCAAUAAACUUCAUUGUGAUUA